AUGGCACCUCCGCACCUUGUACCAUCUGCUUUGAGCAUGCCCAACAGCGUACCCCCGGGCUCUUCCAAUGACCUGCCGGGGGUCAUCUCCUCCCAAGGCAAUUCUGGGUUACAGGGAGCCGAUAGUUCCCGGUAUACUCCAGCUUCAACGCCCGUACCUUCUACAUAUGAUGCCUAUGAAGAGGCCGGGGUGUUCGCAAGCGAGAUCUCCGAGCAAACAAAGCUCGUAGCGGAUGGCUUGCUCCUUCCUGAGGAUGCUGAAGGUCUCACUCCGGCAGAGCUGAAGCUCUACAAAGAGGGACUGAAGUCGAAAGGCUGGAUCUUCGUACGUCGUGAGCCGGACCAGAAGCGUAGCGAAGAUGGUUGUGUUACCGAGACUUGGAGUUCUGGGAACACGUUGAUUUGGUUGAUGUGCGUGGUCACAUUGGCCGGGACCAAUUGCUACUUCGCUUACCAGAACGACAAGAAGGGCAGGGAACUAGCUGCGUUGAAGAUGAAACACGAAGCCGCCAUGAGGUACAUUGGAGCAUUAUUGCAACCGCGUUCCACGCAGAACAGGGCGCAAAACGAUGAGGCUGUGGACGAGCUGGUCGACGCAGUCAGAGCUCCUCCUGCAGUGCACGACCCUGCUUCCGGCCCUGCGGUCAGCGGUAGCAACCACCCUCCCGGUUCGCCUGUCAGACAACCGGAGGCUGAUGGUGGCGAUCCCUUCGCUGAUCCUCCCCACGCUCAUGUUGCUCGACUCCCUAAGCGACGUCGAUCAUGGUUUGCGAAAUUCUUAUCUCUAGCGCGCAAACGCAAGUGGCAUGCUGGACUCGGUGUUUCUAUCGGCUUAGGAUCCGACGAUCCUACUGAUCUGCGUUUAUCAAAUCACUACUGUCGGGUGCUGCCCCAGCUACUACCGGCCCAGAGCCUCAGUGACAGCAUGCCAACGACGCUUGAGCACUCAACACCUACUUCUUUGGCGGAAUGGGCCGGUUUCAUUGAGAUCGAUACCGACGACAGCUAUGGCUCCUACAGUCUCGAUCCAAUCUACACUCCUCGAAACCAUAGUGACAGCUGGCAAUCUAGCGCCCCGGGGGAUCCUGGUAUCGAAGACACCUUGACAGAGGCAGUCACUGAUGACAACGCUCCUAUUUCACCACUGUCGGAGAUAACUUUGGAUGAUGAACAGAUCGAGACCCAUAGGUUCAAUCUUGAAUUGGGCAAGGGAGAUCUAAGUGAGCGAAUCAAGCAAAAGCUACAGCUUCCGUUGGAUUCACCUCUGACCGUGAUCGAGACGGAUCUUCAUUCGAUCAGUGGGGGUCGAAAAGAUGCAAGCGCAGCCCGUGGUCUGCUGAACAGGUCUACGCAGAAAACUAGUGGGCCAGACUACAAAAACCCCGGCACGAUUGCGUUCUUGUCCUACGCGGGAGGCAUCGUUGCUGUAUGCGCUGUCAUCUAUGUAUGCAUAGGCGCUUCCCAUUAUGGGCGCAAGUUGCGGCGCUCCCGAGGAAGACGAUGGCCGGGAGCCAGAACCAUGGGUAGUCCUCAUACUGCAUCUCCAGCGGGACAAGCUCCGGUAAUUCCGGUAGAGAGCAUCGAGAUGGAGGCGAUCAAGCCGGUCACCGACAAAGGAAAGGCUCGGAUGAUCGAUCAAGAAACGGCUAUGCUGGAAACCCCUCCCGCUUCAUUGGCUCCCACUCAAUGCUGCUCGCAUCAUCACUAG